AUAACACUGCGUGCGGUUCAUUCAUUCUGGAGCGUCAGAUGGUGGGGUUGGCGACCGUGCAACUUGCACCGCGUCUCUCUUUCGUCCUUCUUUUUACUGGACUGUCUGUGCUACCGACCAUAUAUCCAGUAUAGGACAGUCAUGCUCUGUGUAUAAGCGAUAAAAAAAAAAAUUACAACAGAGGUCAAUCAGCGGUUUUGAAAUCCAGGCAACUGAGGAUGCACAGCGCUGCUGAGGAGGACAGUAGUAGGACUCUGUUCAGCUCCACCGAUUUCAGACAACGACGGGAAUCUCAUCUUCGCGGUAUGCCUCCUAUUGAGAGAGAGUAAAGCAGGGAAAGAAAAUAACGUCUGACCGCUUUGGAUUCUACACUGUCCCUUUGACUUUCUGUGUGAAAAGUAAAGGGUGCUAGUUAGUUCAGUUGCACACUAGUACCCGAACACCCGAUAGUGGAGGGAGGAGCGAUGAGAAGAACCCCAUCGCCGUAUACAACACUGGCUUGCUUUGUUUCUCAGCAAAGGACCCUUUCAGAAAUAGGCUGAUACUGUUCAUUUCUUCAAGUGGCACUGUGUUUGGAUACUGUUCUGCCUAAUGUCGACUGGCACUUUAAUCUGGACCAUGUACAGUAUGAUCGAACAUUAAUUGUAAACGUUUUUCAGAUUCUUUAAUUCUAGUUUAUGGAUUAUCCAUGGACUGAUCAUUCAGACGUAUAAUAACCAGAUCAAAAUGCUGCUAAUUAAGAGCUGACCGACUUUCUGAAUUUUGAACAUCUGGACAUGUAAUUCAAACUGUUCCAGUAUUUGUUGAAAUAGGAUUAUCAAAUUGUUGAACCAAUCAUAAGUGUCUUUAUCUAUUUCUGCUUGGAUACCCUURGAUUGUAAUAUAUACAAAAGUAAAUACGGAGGGGAGUUUAUGGGUAUGUCAACAAGAAUACAGCUUUGACUGAAAACCAUCUGGAAUUGUGGAAUUGGACCUCCUGAAACGUACUCUGCUGUAAAGUGCGGUCGCGUCAUUGCAACUGCCCAGGCCAACAGCGCAGAUAUUUGGGGAUUUGAGAGUUACAGUGACCCACGUGGAGCAGAGAUCCAAAGUGGACAGUACACCAUGGGUUGUUGCAGUGGCAGAUGCACGCUGGCCUUUAUAUGUGGCAUGCAAUUGAUCAGCAUAUUGGAACGACAAAUAUUUGACUUCCUUGGGUACCAGUGGGCUCCCAUCCUCACAAACUUUGUGCACAUCAUCACAGUCAUCUUGGGCCUCUUUGGGACUGUACAGUUCAGACCAAGAUACGUGACCGGGUAUGCAGUGUGGCUGGUUCUCUGGGUGACCUGGAACAUCUUCAUCAUCUGUUUCUACCUGGAAGUGGGGGACCUCUCCAAGGACAGUGACCUGAUCAUGACCUUCAACCUGUCCAUGCACCGGUCCUGGUGGAUGGAGAACGGUCCAGGCUGCAGGGUGACCCCGGUCACCCCCCCUCCGUCCUGGGGGCCCGCAGGAGACCACCGCUACAUCAGCAUCGCAGGUUGUCUGCUGGAGUACCAGUAUGUGGAGGUGGCCCACAGGUCCUGGCAGAUUCUUUUGCAGCUUGUUGGGUUCAUCUAUGCCUGUUAUGUGGUGAAGCUCAUCUCAGAAGAGGAAGACAGCUUUGAUUUUAUAGGAGGGUUCGACUCCUAUGGUUAUCAAGGGCCUCAGAAGACAUCCCAUUUGCAACUACAACCCAUGUACAUGUAA